UCUGAAAAAGGAUUGAUUUUGAGGAGUCUUGGUAAAUUUAACAUUGCAAGGAUGGCUGUGAUGAAAAUCAAGUUCAACCAGAAGAAAAGGGUAAAACUAGCCCAAGGACUAUGGCUCAUGAACUGGUUUUCGGUUUUUGCCGGGAUCAUCGUUUUUGCCAUGGGGUUGUUUUUAAAAAUUGAGCUCAGGAAGCGAAGUGAGCUGAUGGACAAUGCCGAGAGCCACGUUGUGCCCAAUUCCUUGAUAUUGGUGGGCCUAUUAUCCUGUGGCUUCAAUGGCCUCGCAGGCAAGAUAUGCUACGAUUCUCUGGAUCCUGCUAAGUUUGCAAAGUGGAAGCCUCUGUUGAAACUUUACCUGGCAGUUUGUUUCUUUUUUAACAUCUUCAUUUUUUUAGUGGCUCUUUUUUGCUUUCUGAUGAGGGGCGCUCUGGAUACUACUCUGGCAAAUGGGCUAAAAAGUGGUAUGAAGUACUACCGAGAUACAGAUACUCCAGGAAGGUGCUUUAUGAAGAAGACCAUUGACAUGCUGCAAAUUGAGUUCAAAUGCUGCGGGAACAAUGGCUUCAGAGACUGGUUUGAGAUUCAGUGGAUCAGCAACAGAUACUUAGAUUUUGCCUCUAAGGAAGUAAAAGAUCGCAUUAAAAGCAACGUAGAUGGCAGAUACUUGGUGGACGGCGUCCCCUUCAGCUGCUGCAAUCCAAGUUCCCCACGACCAUGCAUCCAGUACCAGGUCUCUAAUAAUUCAGCUCACUACAGCUACGACUAUCAAACAGAGGAGCUCAACCUAUGGAACCGUGGCUGUAGGGAAGCUCUUCUUAAAUACUACAGUGGCAUGAUGAGCUCUAUGGGAGUUGUCGUCCUUCUUGUCUACGUUUUGGAGGUGUCAAUUAUGGUAGGGUUACGGCUGUUGCAUACCUCACUCGAGAACAUCCCCAAUCCCGAAGACCCUGACUGUGAGAGUGAAGGGUGGAUCUUGGAGAAAGGCUUUAAAGAAACUAUCAAAUCCGCCCUGGAAAGUUUGAAAAAGAUUGGUAAGUUUAAUCAAGUGGAAGCUGACGGUGCGGAAGGUGAAAAAACCCAAGCUGUCACAACUGUCAGCUGAGCUUCUUGGUUGACAAGACUGUUCCUAAAGACUAAGAAUUGUGAAUAUUCGCUUUUUAAAAGGUAUAAGCUAUCACAACUUUACAUUUGUCAAAACAAAACCCUCACUUUUAUACUUAUGGCAAAUGCAGUCUAGUGCAUUUGGGGCUAAUACAGGCAUCUUUAGAUGUGUAAGACAGCUGAUAUCUUCUAUGAG